AUUACGUCAUAUCCGUGCUUUCGCUAUGACAUCAUAUUUUGAUGCAACAUCUUGGUUUCAGAGUAUAUGAUAGUCUCACACCUUUGUAACUAUUUUGCGCAUUCUUUUUGACGAACCGCUAAUUUUUCAGGAUGGAUACAGAAGAUGGAGAUGUACCAAAGGAUCUGGAAGUUGCUACUGGAUCUCCAGUGAUGAGUAUGAUACUGCCAGAUCCACAGAAUGGAGAGGGAGAGCUAACUAUACAUCAGGAUGAUGGCACGGGUGUGGAUGUUAAUAUGACAGCAGAUAGCAAAUUGACUGAAGAUGGAACACAGGAUUUGGAAGAGAUUCAGCUGGCUGAUGGGACAACAGCAUACAUCCAAAAAGUAGAUAGAAGUAUUGUUGAGGGCCAAACAGUGCAAUUAGAAGAUGGGACAACUGCAUAUAUUCAACAGAUAACCGAUAAGAAUACUCUUGCUUCAUUUGAGGAUGGACAGGCCGUGCAACUGGAAGAUGGAACAACAGCCUACAUACAGAGAGCGCCAAGUAAAGAUGGCACAACACUGCAAGCAGUUCAGCUGGAGGAUGGUACAACAGCAUUUAUCCAGACUACAAUCUCACCUGCUGGACAGCUACCUGAGCAAGGACACACAUCUUUUGAGGCAGGGGAUGAUACAGUUGGUUUAUUGGACCAUUUUGGUGACGAUGUUAGUGCAGAACAAGUGGACCAAUCAGCAGCGUUGGAGUUGCAACCGGGUACAUCCAAUUUUCCAGAUGAUGGUAAAGCUAGUAUCACAAUCAAGCAUGUAAGCAUGAAUAGCCUGGCAAAACCAUUUGCAGAAAUGAAUGCAUUAAGUCAGAUGCUUGGAACUAAGACAUUUCGCUGUGCAUACGAAGGUUGUGGACGUAUGUAUACAACUUCACAUCACCUUAAGGUUCAUGAAAGGUCGCAUUCAGGUGAAAAGCCGUACCAUUGCGAUCAUCCAGGAUGUGGCAAAUCGUUUGCUACGGGUUAUGGUCUUAAAAGUCAUACCCGUGUGCAUACCGGUGUAAAGCCGUAUAAAUGUACAGAUGACGCCUGCGGGAAAGCUUUCAAGACAUCGGGCGACCUUCAAAAGCACAUACGAACACACACUGGUGAACGCCCAUUUAAGUGUCCAUUUGAAGGUUGCAAUAAAGCAUUCACGACGUCAAACAUCAGGAAGGUCCACAUCCGAGUGCACACUGGUGAAAGGCCAUAUAUAUGUAACGAGAAGAACUGCAAUCGGGCAUUCUCCAGUGCCACCAACUACAAGAAUCACAUGCGUAUACACACAGGAGAAAAACCAUAUGUUUGCACAGUAGCUGGAUGUGGAAAGCGGUUUACAGAAUAUUCAAGUUUAUACAAGCAUCAUGUUGUUCAUACACAUUCCAAGCCAUACACCUGUAACCUGUGCGGUAAAAAUUAUAGGCAGACUUCAACUCUUGCCAUGCAUAAGAGAACAGUUCACGGUGAAAUAGAGCGUAGUAUUGAUGUUGAUCCACAGAUUUUCGAGGCUGGAUUAUCUGAGGAAGGCCACAGUUCAGACAAGCUACCUCAGAUAGAAUACACAAUAACAACGCGCUCCAUGCCAGCAGGGCAGGCAAAGAACAACCAGACCUUUGGUCAGACUCAGAUCACACUGUCUCAGGGAGGUCAAACCAACAUUAUAAUCCAACGUGCAGAUGGCUCAACCAUCCAAGCCACAGAAGGCACUAUAUUGCAAACAUCUGCUGGAACAUUCGUUCUGCAACAAGCCUUACCACCAUCAGUACAAGGUGCCUCAUCAGAUGUUGAUAUUGGAGAUGAUGCAGGCGAGGGCGCUCUUACUCUAGUAACCCCAGACACUGAAGCUGCCAUAGCAGCCAUGAAGGCAGCAGCUGAAGAGUCUGUUUUACGAGCAGCAGCAGAAGUUGAAACUGCAGCACAGAUGGCUCAAAACGAGGGUGCAGAAAUUUCCGACCAAUCAGCAGAAGAGCAGAGUGGUGAGCUUGAUGUACUUUCAAAUUCAACCAGCACAAGAAUAAUGGAUGUAACCAGUUAAAAGAAUACAUUGGUACAUUGCAUCCGAUGAUCAUGCAGUACUUUUCGUUGGCACCCAAUCUCUCUUUCAGAUUACACAGAUUGGGUGCAUUAUGUUGACAUGCAUCAGGGCUUUCUGUUUUCACCCAGGCAUCACCUUGUGUGCUUAUAUUUUGCACCCACGUACAGGGUAUGUUACUCAAGGUGCUUUCAGUUUGUACCAAGGUGUCACUUAAGGUUUUUUUCAGUUUGCACCCAGGUGUGGUAAAUCAUGUCUGCAUUCAGUUUGCACCCAGGUGGGCACCUAAUAUGCUUGUAGUUUUCACCCAGGUGUGGUAACUCAUUUGCAUUAGUCAGUCAGCACCCAGGUGUUGUGCUCUUAAUGUGCUUUACCUCAUGUGCUCCGUUUGUAGCCACAUCCUUUAAAAACUAAUGUGGUUAAGAUAUCUGUUUAUGCACUCUGAUUUAGUAAACAUGACUGUAAUUUGUUGACAAUUCCUGUCUUUGAAACAUCAGAAACUACUAAUAUAAAAGGCAGUGUUUCUCGAAAUAUAGUGCCUAUAUAUAAAAGCAUGUGCUGAAAUAUUUCUUAAGAUAAAAUUUAUUUGAAAAUGAGGAUGUAGUUGUAAACUGAAUGGUUAUUAUUCCUAUGCAAUUGUAUUGCUGCCAAUGUGAAAAUUUGAUUUUCUUUCUAUGGGGGGGGGGGGAAGAGUUGGUUGAGAAUCAGGUGUUUAUUAUUAUACUGAUGUUAUUGUUGUGAAUGAUACAGAUCUUUAAUUUAAUUAAUUUCAAAUAUUGUAUACUUUGUUACCAGCAUUAAAAAAAUGCCAGUAUAAAUAAAAAUUUAAACACACAG